AUGACGGCACCAUUCCGCUUUCUUCUGUUUGCCCUUUUUAGUUCAUAUAUAUCUUCAGAAACAUGUCGUGAAGCAUCUCAAUAUAGUGAAUGUUCGACUAAUAAAGAUUGUGGUUGUUUUCCUUUGACAACUUCUGAUAAAAGUGGUAUUUGUGGUUUUCUUUGGGUGGCUUGUUCUCGUCUCGAUCCAUGUCAAACCCCUGGCAAUACUUGUGAAAAACCUGAUCACAAAUGUGUUCGCCAUCCUCAAUGUAACAGUGCUCCUGUUUGUUAUCCAAUAUCAAUGAUUGAUAAACAAAUCUGUCCAUCAAGCGAAGAUACGACUUCUCCAUCAGUACCUAACAAUACUAUUUGUACGACAGCAACAUGGAGUCGACAAGGUAUUAGUGUAGCCGGUGGAUUCGGUUGGGGUAAUGCACUUAAUCAACUAUAUUAUCCUAUGGGAAUAUUUGUUGAUGUCAAUCGUACUGUUUAUGUUGCGGAUACGAACAACGCUCGAGUAGUUAAAUGGACACAAAAUGCUACAUUUGGUCAAAUCGUUGCCGGUGGAUAUGGAGUAGGAAGUGGUACGGCACAAUUUUAUGGUCCAAUGGAUCUUGUCGUGGAUAAAGACGGGGCAAUCUAUGUCACUGAUAAUUUGAAUAACCGAGUUCAAAAAUGGAAUCGAAAUGCACAAGUUGGUCAAACAGUUAUGAUAGUACAACGUCCUAUUGGUAUCGCCCUCGAUGGUGAAGAAUCACUAUAUGUAUCUGCAUCUUAUUGGUCAAAGGAUUUGUUAAAAUUGCGUAAAGGUGAAACAAAUGGAAAUGUUAUUGCUACUAAUCUACCUGAACUCUAUUAUUUAUUUGCGCAUCAAAAUCAAUCAAUUUAUGCAGCAGACAAAAACAAUGGUCGUAUCUACAGAAUUGACGAAAAAAAAGGACAAAUUUCCGUUAUUAUUGGUAGUUUACAAGGUCUUAGUGCAACUCAACUAGGCUAUCCGCAAUCUGUGUUGGUUGAUGGAUCCGGUGCUGUGUAUGUCGUUGAAUAUGGACAUCAUAGAGUGACACGAUGGCUUCCUGGAGCCAACGCAGGUAUUGCCAUUGCAGGUGGUCGUAGUCAAGGUUAUCAAUCUGAUCAACUCAAUUUUCCUACGGAUAUAGCAUUUGAUGUUGAUGGAAAUCUUUAUGUUGCCGAUUAUGGAAAUCAUCGCGUACAAAAGUUUGCUAUUGAUAAAUCAACAUGUCGAUAG